AUGAACAUCAGAAAUGGACCGAUAUCUACGGCGGGGCAACAACUUUGCCGGUUAUGUUUGGGAAAGGAAGAAGAAUUGUUAGAUAUAUUCGGUGUACAGUUGGGAACAGGCCAGGAUGUACCGUUGCCGUUGCGGAUACAGGGUUGCCUGCAGCUGGAUAUCACCCAACACGACAGUCUACCGAAAUGGAUAUGUAAACGAUGUUUGGAGAAGAUAGAUGACUUUAGCAGCUUCCGGGAACGAUGCAGACUUAACGAGCGGAAGCUACUGCAUGGUGGUGAUGAUGGUCCAGAUGUGAACCUUCUCACUGUAGAUGAUGGUGAUGCUGACGCACACACGGAUGACGAUGGCGAAGAUGAUGAGGAGGAGGAGGAAGAGUUGGAAAUGAUUGUUAUCGAUCCCUCACAAGAUUAUGAAAGCUCGAACGACAGUCUUCCAACCGAAGCUUACGGUGAGAAAAGUGUGAACAAUUCCAAUCCUCCGAUACCUCCAAUUACGCUCAGCCUCCAGCAGCUGAACCAAACCGCCGAAGAGGAAGACCCGGAAGGUUCCGAUGCAGAAGAAGGUGAAGAGGAGGAAGAAGAAGAAGAUGAAGGAGAAAUCAAAUGUGAUACAGGGGCGGGAGGAGAAGGGCGUAACGGACUACCGUCGGGAAACCCGGACAGUGGUAACACUGCGACAAAGGUACAGAAAACGGUCGUCUACACGUGCAAGUACUGUGAUGUGGCGUUUGCGGCUGCAUCCGCCUGUCAGCUGCACGAAAUGCAAGAUCAUGACCUGUUAGCGCCGUACGGUUGCACUUACUGCGAGUAUAAAACCUCCAUCCGGACGUAUCUGAUCACGCACAUACGAGAUUCGCACAGUCUCGCCCGACCGUACAUCUGUGUGCAGUGCAACAAAGGAUUCCUGCGACGUUCCGAUCUCAAAAAGCACACGUUCGUACACACCGGCAUACGGCCGUACGGGUGCGAUCAGUGUAGCAAAAGCUUUUCGCGCAAUACGAAUCUCAAGAAGCACAUGCGUACCCAUCUCGGGUUGAAACCGCACUCGUGUCAGAUUUGUGCGCGCUCGUUCGCCAACAAGGCGGAUUUGAUACGGCACCGGAGUUAUCAUCGAGGGCAGGAGGUGCAACAUUCAUGCGUACGGUGUGGAGCAUUGUACACACAGAAGGAUAAGCUGUACGAGCACGAGCGGUACUGUAUGGGACAGACGGCAUUCAGCUUUGGGUUGGGAGUACCGCCUUUGGUGGAGUCGGUUAAACAAGAGCUACCGUUUAUGGGUAGUUUGGGUGCUUCGAUACCGCUUCAGGAAGGCGUACCGCCGAUGGAACCAAACCCAGCCGAAUCUAUAAUAAACGACCAGCCAAACUACAAUCCGGACGCUUUUUCCUUGUCCGCUUCGAACAUCCCACAAACGACUCCACCGUCGAGUAAAAUCUACAGCUGCUCGAAAUGUCCCAAACGGUUCCUGAGCAAAGAGAGCUUACGGGGACACCAGAGCAUCCAUCCGGCGGAAGAAAAACGCAUCUACGAGUGUUCGCAAUGUAAGAGCCAAUUCGACAGUAAGCGUGAAUACGAGCAACACUUGCAAACGCACCCGGAGUUAAAACCGUUCGCAUGUGCUACCUGUGGCAAACGGUUCUCGCGCCGGGAUAAGCUGAACCGCCACGAGCGUACCCAUCAGCAGGACCGUAACUUUUCUUGUCCCAACUGUUCGGCAAAGUUCGCACGGAAGGACGCAUUCGAAUCGCAUCUUAAGAUUCACUGCAAUCCAACCGUUGAUAGCUCACUGGCGACCGGAUUGCUCAGCUCGAUGGCGCACGUACCGGGCGUACAGGAGCUGAUGGUACCGAUGCCGCUGCAACAACAUUCCCUGCUGUAUUCCAUGGUGCGGGAAGAUGGUACGAUGGCCAUCGAUCCGUCGAUGCGUAUGUGAAAC